AUGGUUAAGCAAGGGUUCAAACAAAGUCAAUCGGAUCACACACUCUUCACGAAGAAACGGGGAGACAAGAUAACCUGCCUAAUUAUCUAUCUGGACGACAUGAUAAUCACGGGAGAUGACAAUGAAGAAAUUCAAAGUCUGAGAGAAAACCUAGUCAAGGAAUUUGCAAUGAAAGAUCUCGGGGCAUUGAAAUAUUUCCUUGGAAUCAAAGUAUUGAGAUCGAGACACGGGAUAUUCCUGAGGCAGAAAAAAUAUGUCUUAGAUCUGUUGGCAGAAACCGGUUUAUUGGAAUGCAAGCCUGCAGAAACUCCCAUGAUCACAAACCACGGCUUAAAGAUAGAAGAAGGAGUCGACCUUGCAGAUCGAGAACGAUAUCAACGGCUAGUAGGAAAACUUAUCUACUUAUCACACACCCGGCCAGACAUCACUUAUGCAGUCGGCGUAGUCAGCUAG